AUGUAUUUCAUGAAACUUUCGGUCCUUGCGAUCCUUCCAGUUGGGUUCUGUGCCCCAAUGAAGUCUGUCGCAAUUGCUAGAGAUACCUAUGGAGCCGACGAGAGCGUUGUCUAUCCUGACUACCGCAGAUCGACUAGUGAAGAAUCUGUCGUAUAUCCGGACUAUCGAAGAGAUGCAUCAUCUGACGACGACACACCUAUCAUCUAUCCCGACUAUCGCCGAUCAGCCAGUGACGAUUUCGUCAUUUAUCCAGAUUAUCGCAGAGAUGCAAAGCCUACUAGCGAUGAAUCCAUCAUUUACCCCGACUACCGCAGAGAAGUGGUGGGCAGAGAUGUUGACGCUGCAAAGGAGGAUGGUUCUGUAAUUUACCCAGAUUAUCGCCGAGACAUUGAUUAG